ACUGCUUUCUCUCGGGUGGAGCAGAGGCGAGCUGUGCUCGGCUACCGCGUUUGCUGCCGCUGCCGCCGCCGCCGCUGCCGCCGCCGCUGCUGUUUCCCGAACGCGCAAGCGAGUACUACCGAGCCUGGUCUUUUUCUCUUGCGAAGAGCGCCGUCCCGUUUUAUCCGGCAUGUCUGUUGAGCUGGAAGAGGCUGACCUGCCCCUGGCCGAGGCGGAAGAAGCGCCCCUGGCUCCAGAGAAGAAAGGCGCCGCCAAGAAAGCCAAAGGCGGCGGCGGGUCGGUGUUGUCGCCAUCCAAGAAGAAGAAGAACAACAAGAAGAAGAACCAGCCGGGCAAGUACAGCCAGCUGGUGGUGGAGGCGAUUCGCAAGCUGGGCGAGCGCAACGGCUCGUCACUGGCCAAGAUCUACAACGAAGCCAAGAAAGUGGCGUGGUUCGACCAGCAGAACGGGCGCACCUAUCUCAAGUACUCCAUCAAGGCGCUGGUGCAGAACGACACCUUGCUGCAGGUGAAGGGCACGGGCGCCAACGGCUCCUUCAAGCUCAACAGGAAGAAGCUGGAGGGCGGAGAAGGGGGCGCCGGAGGAGGCGGCGGGGGCGCCUCGCACGCCAAGUCGCACAAGAAGGCGGUGGCCGUGCCCGCGUCGCGCAAGGUCGAGAAGAAGCCCGUGGUCAAGAGCAAAAAGCUGGAGAAGAAGUCGCACAAGAAAGGCGCCGGCGGGGGCGCCGCCAAGAAGGACAAGGUGAAAGCCAAGAAAGCCGCCAAGAAGACGGUCGCCUCGCCCAGCGCCAAGAAGGUGAAGAAGACUGCCAAGCCCAAGGCGCUCAAGAGCAGGAAAUGAGGCGGAGA